AUAAAACCCCAACCUCUCUCUUCUUCUCCAAGAAAACCCCAAAGAAAAUGGCGGUUCAUCACGAAGAACCCACAUCGACUUCAAGAAAGCUCCACUUCCCUCUUGACUCCUCCGCCUACCAAAUCCUCGGCGAGAUCGGCUCCGGCGUCAGCGCCGUCGUCUACAAAGCCCUCUGCCCCUCCGUCAACUCCGCCGUGGUCGCCAUCAAAUCCAUCGACCUCGACCGCUCCCGCUCCGACUUCGACGCCUUCCGCCGCGAGACCAAAACGAUGUCGCUUCUCUCCCACCCCAACAUCCUCUCCGCCCACUGCUCCUUCACCGUCGACCGCAGCCUCUGGGUCGUCAUGCCCUUCAUGUCCGCCGGCUCCAUCCAGUCCGUCAUCUCCUCCUCCUUCCCAAACGGCAUGUCGGAGCCCUGCAUUGCCGUCAUCCUCAAGGAAACCCUAAACGCCCUGUCGUAUCUCCACGACCAGGGCCACCUCCACCGCGACAUCAAGGCCAGCAACAUCCUCAUGGACUCCGACGGCUCCGUAAAGCUCGCCGACUUCGGCGUCUCCGCCUCGGUCUACGAGCCCAACUACCUCAACUCCAACUCCUCCUCCAAAACGUCGUCGUUUCGCCUCACCGACGUCGCCGGCACGCCGUACUGGAUGGCUCCGGAAGUCGUGCACUCGCACAACGGCUACGGCUGCAAAGCCGACAUCUGGUCUCUCGGGAUCACCGCCCUCGAGCUGGCCCACGGCGGGCCGCCGCUGUCGCAUCUCCCGCCGUCGAAGUCGCUGCUUCUGCGGAUCACGAAGCGGUUCAACUUCUCGGAUUACGAGACGCGCGGCGGUACGGACAAGAACAAGAGCAAGAAGUUCUCGAAGAGCUUCAAGGACUUGGUGGGCCUGUGUUUGGAUCAAGACCCGAACAAGAGGCCCAACGCCGAGAAGCUUCUGAAGCACUCGUUUUUCAAGAACUGUAAAGGGGUUGAUUUUCUGGCCAAGAAUCUGCUGAAUGGGCUGUCUAGUGUGGAAGAGAGGUUUAGGGUUUUGGGUGGCGUGUUGAGCAAGAAUGAGGAAGAUGAAGAUGAAGAUGAUGAUGAUGAUGAUGAUGAUGAAUCGGCGAGGGCGAGGGUUAGGAAUCGGAGAAUUAGUGGGUGGAAUUUCAAUGAGGAUGGGCUUGAUCUUCACCCAGUAUUCCCAACUGAGUCAGGCAGCGAUUCCGGUGGCAACUCAGUGUUUCCGACCGAGUCAAGUAGCGAGUCGGUUGGCAAGAUGGUUCGGUUCAGCGGCGAAACUAUCAUUAGGUUGUCAAGUGAGUCGCACGAGUCGUAUCUGAGUUCACCAGGUCGUGUUGUGGAGGAGGAGGGGGCCCAUUUGGUGAGAGGAGAUGAGUCAGGAGAGUCAAUGGAGUCGAAUCUGAGUUCACUUGUGGGUGUGCAGAGUCGGUAUGGGGGUGUGGAUAGUAAUGCUGGGGGUGUUGAUAGGGAGGCCAUGGUGAGUGGGCUGACGGCGUUUAUGAGGAGUUUGGAUGAGCAGAGGAGCAAUGUGGUGACUCUGAUUGGUCUGUUGCGUGGGGAGGAAGUUGGGGAGGUGAUGCUGAGCAGAGAGGAGCAGAUGGGUCAAGUCAUUGAGAGGAUGAGAGUGGAGUUGGAAAAUGAGAGGGAGAGGAAUUUUCAGUUGGAGAUGGAGUUGGAGUUUCUGAGGAUUCAGAUUUCUGGUGCUUACACAAGUACUAGUGCUGGUAGUAUUGACUGACUGAGAUCAUUUAGGGCCUCAAGAUUAGUUUUCAGAGAUUAUUUGCUUGCUAUGUGGCUCUAUUACUGGUACAAAAUUAUGUGAUUACAAUUCCUCAUACCGUGUUAACAAUUGUAGCUCCUCAAGUCAUAGUGAUGAACCAUUUUCAUGUUGUAUAGCAUAUAUGAGGAAGUGAGAAGUGAGAUCAAUCAUUAAUUCAUGUUGUAGCUUUUGUAAACCAUGCAAUGUUAAAAAUUUCGUGUGGA